UCGCCAAGCGCGCUAGUUUCUUAGUUUCUCCGGUCUAUGCAUCGCGUGGACGGUUCAUUUGGAGCUGUCGCAUAAAAUUCCUGGCACGCCAACAAAGUUGUAGCUGUCAAGCAGCUGAUAAGGUGGCUGUCUCCAAGUUGUAUUAAUUAUUUGUUUCUUAUUUCUGAGCUGUCUCUCAUAUAAUGGAAUCGUACUAGCCUACAACAAGUCGUACAUACUCGUACUCGUCAACUCGUGACAGUGUGCUGUAGUUGUUGUUGGCCGAGUAGUCACAGAGCCAGGGAAGGCUUCAGCCUAGGCUCAGCCUCAUAUACUCAGUCGAAUCAUCACGAUCAUGGGCAAGAAACAGAGCAAGAUGAAGGACAGAGGGUCUUCAAGAUCGCGUAUAUACGGCCAUGGAUUCGGAGACUACACCGCUGUCAAUUCUAUGGAAAUAGCGGACGUGAAACGUUACACUCCAGUCCACACUGACGCUGUGACCAGUGUGACUAUUGCUGGCGAUGUGUCAUACAUUACAGGCAGUGCUGAUCAAAGUAUGGUGCUGUAUCGUUGGAUGGAGGGACGACUGAUGCAGAGAUGGGUGGGCCACAAGAGAGAAAUUACCAAGGUGACCCAUGCCCCGGAGCUGGAAGCCACAUUCAGCGCGUCUAGGGACAAGACGAUACGCAUGUGGAAGCGAGGCACGACGGACGGCGGGACGGUGGAACAGCAAAAUUGCAAGCAGACGUUCACGGGCCAUGAGCUGGUCGUCACAGGCAUUGCUUUCGGAAACGGCAAGCUGUGCUCUGGUUCCCGUGACAACUCGGUGCGGCAGUGGGACAUUAGUACCGGCCAGUGUAUCAACCAAAGCAUCAUCCCACGCAACCUGGUAACCCACAUCAAGUGGAUACCGGGGGAGAGCAUGCUAGCUCAGACUAGUGAGGAUAAGUGCUUGAGACUAUGGGACACUAGGACGCUUACAGAGGCCCAUGUGUUUCCCAAGAAGCAGUAUAUUCAGACAUGCUGUGAUGUCAGCUCAGAUGGCAACUAUUGCCUGACGUCUAGUAACGGUGUUGGAGGCCGAGGAUGUGAAGCCACGUUAUGGGACUUGCGAGCCCACUCACUGGUAGCGGAGUACCAGGGACAUCAGCAGACAGUAGGAGGCUGUUGCUUCAUUCCUAGUAUGUACUCUAAACAGCUAGUAGCUACAUGUUCCAAUGAUGCUACAGUCAGGAUAUGGGACAGAAAUACAUGCGCAUGCAUAACUGUACUGAAUAUAGCUGGCUUCGGAUCUCUCACUUCUAUAGCAGCAAAUGUAGAUAAGAGUAUUUGUGUAGGCAGCACCACCCCCGGAGUCCAUGUAGCAAACCUACUAGAGGAACCUGAAGGCACGUUCCGCUUCAUAUACACCGCACAGUACUAACCUUCCAUGGCAACCACUCGGGUAGCCAGGGCCUCGCCUGUGGUCAAGAGUACUAUUGGCAUUAGCCUUGUAGGCUGUUGUUGGGAGUCAGGAUACUAGCUGAGCUUAUUAAGCUGGUUGCCGAGAAACACCACUGAUUGUAUCAUAGCACAAUGGAGCUGGUACUCGUGUUCAUCAGUCACUGUAGAAAUAUACUGUCUGUGCAUGCACGCUUGCAAUGUACUUGACUAUUCACCUUGCCAAUGCCGAUUUUGGUCGAUUGCCCAAAAUGUCAGAAUGAUGAGGACCCACCAGAACUUGUUUAUACCCUUACAAAAUGUCCCUGGGCAUAUAUUCAAACAGGGGUUAAGUUAAUAAUUCCUUGCUAACCUGUUAACUUGCUAGGAUGAGGAUUAUAAGCAGAGUCAUGAAGUCUGGGUCUGGUCGCUGACAUUUGACCAGUCGUCCUGUUUUUGCAAAGCAGGAGCUUUUGAGCGCAGCAAAUUUGGAGCAUCUCUUUAAGAAUCAGCCCUGCAGGCAAUCUGCCUCCUGUGCAUUGAGGCUCAGCUGCCUGGCAGCUAUCACAGAUUCCUUGCUGUUUAGAUGCUAGGGUAUGAUAAGGAAUUCACAGUUGUAGUAAACAGGGUCCUAGUGUUCCGAUAUUUUGCUAAUUUUUCAAAACAUAUCCUUAACUCGAGCAGUGCCAUAAAAUAGAUGAAGUGUUAUCAAAACGGGAUAAGGUCUUCAUUCGACAUUUUCUGGCAGAUUUUGACAUCCUUACCAAGGUGAGUGGUGGUCAAGUCAUCCAAGUUUUAAAUUAAGUAGGGACAGGAAAAGCUGGUCACAUGAUCAUACAAUGUGUUUCCUUUUUCUCAAGUGACUCUAUGAACAAGUAACUAUCCCCCUUAUCAAAGAGAGAGAUAUGAUGGGCAUUUGAACACCCUUGCUAUACCGCGGGCACAGCAUCCAUGCAAAGAUAUACUCGGGUGAAAAUUGGUCAUGCAUACUCCACAGCAUAUGCAUGCAAACCAGCGCAUGUACAGGGCCUGCAUAGUGGAGCUGUUGUAAGCGAUCACCCAGUGCAGUCUACAUUUCUGCUCUCUGUCCACAUGGACACUGAUGGCGCUUUGAGACCAUUUACAAGAGCCCCAAUAGACCUUUAAUCAUGCUGUCACCAUUUCAGUCAUGUUCCCUGUAACUAAUAACAUUAACAGUACUGAAUGAUAAUUUUUUUGUGCAAAAAGGAACCAGACUAUUUUUCCUUUCGGCCUCGCUUAUUUGGUUACGUUAAUUUGAAUGGGAACAAAUCAAGCAGAGAUGAAACUGGCAUAUGGCAAAAAAAUCGGAAAAAAGGCCGAACAAAAAUAUGUGUCCGAAAUCUGGGCCGCGCUGCAGUUACACACAUGUACAUGCA